AUGGCCAUUUUCUCAGGUUUUCUCAAUUGCUUCUUUCCUUGCUCAUCGUCACAUCAGGUCUCUGAUGAUGCGGGAGGCAGCUGCAACAAAGAGCCUUCUUCAAAGGACUCCAAAAAAGGCAAAUCAAAAUCAUCCUCAUCAUCAUCAUCGGGAGCUCCCACAGUGGAGCUGCCCUGCAAGAUACUCAUGAGUUGCAAGAAGCUUCUGUCUCACUGA